CCCCCCUCUGUGUGUGUGUGUGUGUGUAUAUAUGUAAUCCAGAGAAUGUGGGUGUCUGAAUGAGGAAUAGAAGGCAACUCUGGGCUGCUCACACCCUCAUCCACACACUCACUCCAACCAAGGUAUGAAGCAGCAACAACAAUAACAACACGAGAAGGAGAAGAAGUAGUAAAAGAAGUAGUAGCCAAGGAGGAUGGCAAUGGAGGUGGUGACGAUGUGGAGGAGGAGGAUGGGGAGGAUUAGGGUUAGGAUGAUGAUGAUGGUGGUGGUGGUGAUCCCAGUGGCAAUGGUGGUGGUGCUGGCAGUGGGUGUGGGUGCCCACAGGGACACUCUGUACUCUGCAUGCCACACGGGCAAAGGCAGCAUCAGGCUCUACAAUUGUGGCCAGAAUGCUCAUAAUCUUGCCCACAUGCAGCUCGACUCUGCCCCCACCCGGUGAUUGCAUUGCAUUGCAUUGCCCUCUCUCUCUCUCUCUCUCUCUCUCCCAUCAUCCCCACUCUUCCAAAAUCACCUAUUUACUUACUAAACUCAAUCACUCUUUAUCAAAGCAAAACAGGAAUUAUUUGGGCCAUGGGCUGUUGUUGUUGUGGUGGUUCUGCUGGUGGUGGUGGUACCUUGUGAAGCUGAAGGAUGAGGUAGACCCUGCCAAAGUGGAUGAGAUCUGCUCCAAAGCAGAAACAAACAAUACAGCAUAUCCAGGAUACUGCACAAACAAGUACAAAUUACAUUGGAUUGGUAUGCUGAUAGUCAUAAGAGGAGACAGUUUGUAUCGACUUCUAGAUGAAGAAAUAGAUAAUGUAGAGCAUGUGGAAGUCGAAGGUGUUGUACGUGUAAGUGGCUUUGACAUUACCAUUACAAAAAAAAAUGUGACUCAAAUUGAUCCUACAAAUUGGGGCCUGGAUCGCAUUGACCAUCAGGCUAACCAGCCCCUACUAAAUAAACUAUACACGGUCACAAGUGGAGGCAGUGGUGUUCAUAUUUAUGUUGUUGACACUGGAAUCAGGUGUACUCAUGUAGAUUUUGGAUAUUUAGAUGGGAGACUGGACUCCAACAAAAUCCCCAUCUCAAGGUGCUUAGAUGGAUUCGAUGCAGUGAAAGAUGGAUAUGGAACCAAGGACUGCAAUGGACAUGGCACACACUGUGCUGGCAUAGCAGCUGGGUUACAAAGUGGGGUGGCAAAGAGUGCCUUUGUGCAUCCUGUCCGUGCUCUCACUUGUGAAGGAAAUGGAGGCUAUGGAAUGAUCAUGGCUUCCUUGGAUUGGAUCAACCUCAAUGCCAUCAUGCCAGCCAUUAUCUCCAUGUCGCUGGGUGCCAUGGCAUCCAUCAGCAUUGACCAAGCCAUUACAAACCUCAUGAACACCAAAGGCAUUUUUGUGGUGGUGGCAGGAGGCAAUUUUCAUGAAGACGCAUGCAGGUAUUCCCCAGCAAGGGUGCUGUCCACCCUGGCGGUUGGAUCAAGCACCAAUAAAAAUGUGCUGAGCUGGUUCUCAAACUAUGGGCCCUGCAUCUCUAUCAUUGCCCCCGGUGAGCUCAUCACAAGUGCAUGGAACACAAGUGACACAGGCUACAACACCCUCUCUGGAACCUCCAUGGCAUGUCCUCAUGUGGCAGGUGCAGCAGCACUAUACCUUGGCCAAUACACAGAUGCGAGGUCCAAGGACGUGAGGCAAGCGUUGCUGGAUGCAUGUGAACCCAAUGCAGUGAGCGGAGUGCAACCCUCGACCACCACAAAGCUUCUUAAUGUCGUCAACCUGAUGCAGCCAAGCUUUGUUAUCAGCCCCCGUGCCUUUUACAAUGCCACAGAAGGCUCCACCCAGGGGAGCACUGUCAGUUUGAGGGUGAAGCCCAAGAGCAUUGUCAUCCUUACCCCCACCUUGGUUGAUGCCUCCAUUGGUUAUUUUCAACCACCUCGUCUGUGUUUUCCAAAUGAUGCAAGCUGGUCAAUGGCACAAACCAUCAAGCUCUGUCUGAACAAUAGAACAGAUUAUUUGGACCGAGGAUCUGUGAUCAGAUGGGCAUUUUCAAGUCUAGAUGCAACCUACAAUAUUUGUCCUGAAGGAUAUAUCAUGUCUCUUGAUACAGCCAUUUGCAAAUGGUCAGUAGACAAUCCUUGUGGACAAACACUUGACAACCCAAAGAUUAUCCCCAAAUUGCCUUUCACUUAUUAUGAGAGUUCUUUCAAAUACAAGAAUGUGUACAACAGCAGUAUUGAUUUUUGUCAUAACAUUGGACCUGAUGUUGUAUUUCAAUACACUGCAAUUUCAAAUAUGAGUGUGAUGGUGUCUUUAAAUGGCUCCAACACAGACUUUGACACGUUGUUAUCAGCAUAUGAGAGAACAACACUAAAAGGAGUGUCCAAAUACUCAUUAAUUGGAUGCAACGAUGACGCAUGGACUGACAUUUCAAUUUUGGUUCCAUUGCCACUCAAAGCAGGUUCAACAUAUAUUUUUAUUGUGGAUGGAUGGAAUGAUCUAGGUGGCAAUUUUGACUUCAUAAUGCAAGACGUCAGAAGUGUAGUUGUGCCAUAUGAGAGAACGGCCCUUCCUUUGGCCAGCACCACCACGCGGAUCUCCUCCGUGGAAAGCGACCAACAGUCCUUUGCCACGUGGAGCCUCCGCAAACAUGUAACCAAUCAGUCGCUGCCACGUCCUUCCCCUCCCCAAACGUCCUUUUUCUGGAGCGCGGUGACCUGGGGCCCUUGCAGCCGUCCAUGUGGCGGCGGAUCACAGGAAGCAGUGCACAAGUGCUAUUCUGGCAACUAUGUGGAAGCAGAUCGGUCAAAGUGUGUGGGUUUGCCCCUUCCAAGGCAGAGCCAGGUGUGCAAUUUUGUGGAGUGCAGACACUACAACCAAUACACAGGUCCAUGGAGUGAAUGUGAUGAGAUGUGUGGGCAAGGCAAACAAACUAGGCAGGUGAUGUGCAUGGAUAAUUUAGGAAAUGUGGCACAUUUGUCACAUUGUGGAUUGGAAAUGGAGGAUGUGGAGAAGAGUAGACCAUGCCACAUGGGACAAUGCAAUGCUACAUAUUGGGAUGCAAUGGAUUGGGAGUUUUGUAAUGUUCCGUGCGGAGGAGGCAAAAGCUUCCGAGAGAUCAUUUGUAGGUCUCAAUUCCAAAUUGCAAAAGACUCGGAUUGCUCUCAAUUGCCACCUCCUAUGAUGGAAAAAGUUUGCAAUACACAUCCUUGUCAAACAUAUACAUGGUCAAUGGGACCUUGGAGUGAUUGUGAAGGUGUUUGUAAUGCAAAUCAAACACGCCAAGUACAGUGUGUAGAUGAGUUAGGGAAUGAAUCUCCUUUGCAACUUUGUGCCACAAAUAUUAAGCCAAUAUCAAGCACACCUUGUUCACACACAAAUGUUGAGUGCAAUAAUAGUUUGACCACUUAUUGCUCCAAAUACGGUCGUCUUCAAGGAGGCAAUUGUUUAUGUGAAGAAGGUUGGGAAGGUCCUCGAUGUGAGAUACUUAAGAAGUGUCUAGGACGUCCAUUAGGAUUCCACGAGGGCAAAUUGGAGUGUUGUCCCUAUUCCACAGUUGAUGUUAACCACAAGUGUUGUGCAACCCCAUCUGCUGCAAUAACUUCAGAUGGAUUGUGUUGUGAAGAAGGCAUCCUUGAUGCUUGUGGACAAUGUAAUGGCUUAGCAAAGUUUGUAGACUCUCAACACAAAUGUUGUAACACUAUUCGUGAUGAGAAAGGAAUAUGUUGCCAAAGUGGGGUGUUGGAUGAAUGUCAUAUUUGCGAUGGAGAUGGAAUCACUUGUGCCACAAAUGUCACCAUGUCCCUCUCUUUUGACUCAAACCUUACAAUCUCAAACCAAUCUCAUGAAAAGUGGAAACCGCUUAUAUUUUCAUUUGUAUCUAAGGUUGCAACACAACUAGGAUUAGCUGAUGAUGCUAUAAUCUUAUCAUCCAUAGACUUAUCAAGUCAUUAUGAAGGUGAUUGUACAAAUACUGAAGACCUUGCUCAAGCAUGUUUGAAUAAUGGAACUUAUAAAACUUAUGGAACAGUGGAAGUAGCUCUACUACCAAAACCAAAUGACCGUCUCACAAGAAUGGUAACAAAAGAAAAUGAAAUCCACAAAGUGCUGCAUAACUAUAAAUUUUCUACAGAAACAUGUGUAAACGAUAGCCAAGUAAUGAACUCCUUGCACAUAACAAAUGUUCCCAAUAUCAAAAAGACUGGGAUUUGUGGGAAUGGAGAGUGCGAGAAAGGGGAACGGUGUGAUAUGAACUACGAGAGUGCCAUCCACCACGGUAGCAAUACUUGUUGCUUCCAAGAUUGCCCAUACGUGUCGUUUGCAUGCCCUAUUCCACCUCAUGGACCCCACAACAACAACCCAUCACAAGCUUGCUCUCGCAGAGGCAUUUGCUUGGAUGCAAGUGGUCAAUGUAAAUGUUUUUUGGGAUAUGCUGGACUAGCAUGUGAACAAUGUAUGGUUGGUUGGGCAAGAGUAAAAAAUGGAAGUAUAUGUGUAAAGGACUUACCUCAAACAUUGUUACUUUUGGAUACAACUAAGAAUCCAGUUAAUGAUACAAAUGCAACAACAAGUCACUCUGAAUCUCAUGCUUUGAUUAUUAUUAUAGCUAUUGCUUUUGUGGGUGCAUUAGCAUAUUUUGCUUUCCAUUGGUGGGAAAAGAAUAAUCAAAGAUUUGGUCAUGUACGCUUAAACCAUGAAAUAUGAAACAUUAGGCAGCUAAGGAAA